AUGUCAAAAGUUAAGGUUCUGGGUUUAUCAGUGAGGAAAGAAAGGUUGUGGCUUGCGUUUGGGAAGACGAAGGCAACCGAAGCUCAUUCUUCGUUUUUCGAUUUCAUUUCCUCAAAUCUCCCAUUCUUCCCUAAUUUACUUUCCAGAGAUGGCCGGAAGUAUUUGCAGCGAAGUGGAGUUCUGGCCAGAGCUGAAGACAAAGCCAGGGGCUCUUCUACUUCGUCGACUCAACAGCCCAAUUACUCGGAGAGGCCGAAGCUCGAGGAACUAGAUUCAUCUUCUGGACUGUGUGAUCCAUUGUGUUCUGUGGAUGAAACGAGCUCCCAACAAUUUGAAGCCAAUUACCAGCCAAAGACGGAUUUUCUGAAAGCUUUUGCAAUUUUGGCUGCAGCUGGAACUGGGACACUGGCAAUAAAUCACUCCUGGGUAGCCGCAAAUCAGGACCUUGCCAUGGCAAUUUUAUUUGGAUUAGGGUAUGCUGGGAUAAUAUUUGAAGAAUCAUUGGCGUUUAACAAAAGUGGAGUUGGACUUCUGAUGGCAGUCAGCUUGUGGGUGAUAAGAAGCAUUGGGGCUCCUUCAACGGAUAUAGCUGUUUCACAGUUAUCGCAUGCAUCAGCUGAAGUCAGUGAAAUCGUGUUUUUUUUACUUGGUGCAAUGACUAUAGUGGAGAUAGUGGACGCUCAUCAAGGAUUCAAGUUGGUGACGGACAAUAUUACCACACGAAAACCAAGAACUCUACUCUGGGUGGUUGGAUUUGUAACUUUUUUCCUCAGUUCAGUGCUUGACAACCUGACAUCGACAAUAGUUAUGGUCUCUCUAUUGAGAAAACUAGUACCUCCAUCAGAAUAUCGAAAGCUUCUUGGUGCAGUGGUGGUUAUAGCAGCGAAUGCUGGCGGAGCAUGGACACCUAUUGGUGAUGUCACUACUACCAUGUUGUGGAUACAUGGUCAGAUAUCGACUCUGCAGACAAUGAAGGACCUGGUUUUUCCUUCACUUGUUUCUCUGGCUGUUCCUCUGGCUUUAAUGUCCCUUACAAGUGAAGUUAGUGGGAGAGGACAGAAUUCUUCAGAUGUGUUGGCUUCAGAGCAGAUGGCUCCUAGGGGAAAGCUUGUGUUUUCUGUGGGAAUAGGAGCUUUAGUGUUCGUCCCCGUAUUCAAAGCUUUAACAGGCUUACCUCCUUAUAUGGGGAUGCUUCUUGGACUGGGCGUCCUUUGGAUUCUAACAGAUGCUAUUCACUAUGGUGAAUCAGAGAGAUUGAAAGUACCUCAGGCUUUAUCACGAAUUGAUACUCAAGGAGUUCUUUUCUUUCUGGGGAUUCUCUUGUCUGUUAGCAGCCUAGAAGCUGCAGGAAUUUUGCGGGAAUUGGCUAAUUACCUUGAUGCCACCAUACCAAACGUUGAAUUGAUUGCUAGUGCAAUAGGAGUAGUGUCAGCAAUCAUAGACAAUGUUCCAUUGGUUGCAGCAACAAUGGGAAUGUAUGAUCUCACUUCAUUUCCUGUAGACUCGGAGUUCUGGCAGUUAGUAGCAUAUUGUGCUGGUACCGGCGGAUCUAUGCUAAUUAUCGGGUCUGCUGCUGGAGUUGCAUUCAUGGGGAUGGAGAAAGUUGACUUCUUUUGGUACUUCCGGAAGGUGAGUGGCUUUGCUUUUGCUGGUUACGCUGCCGGCAUUGCUGCAUAUUUGGCAGUUCACAAUCUCAACUUUUCCCUCCCUACAACACUGGCUGAGUUUCCCAUUCUUUUGGGUUCCUAA